ACAUCAACCAACUGCAUAAAUACUCAGAUCCCCAAUGCUAUCAAGACUGAAAAUCUCUCAUCACUCACUCCUAGCUGGGUCCUUCAAGUCACCCAUCAGAAUCAACUCUUUCUCUGCUCUUGCAAUGGCGAGAACUAUCGAAACGAGCUUCCAAGCCGCCAUCGACUCUGGCAAGAUCAACGGCGGCAUCAUCUGCGCUACCAACUCCAAAGGAGACUUUUCCUACAGCAAAGCCCUUGGCCAGCGAACUCUCAUUUCGGGUGAAAAGCGUCCUCAGCAGCUCGAUGAUAUCUUGUGUCUUGCCUCAGCUACAAAGCUCAUAGCUUCCAUCGCAGCUCUGCAAUGCGUUGACGAUGGUCUUCUCACCCUCAAGGGAGAUUUAUCAAAAAUCGCACCGGAGUUAGCAGAGAAGCAGGUCCUUACCGGCUGGACAGAAGACGAUGAACCGAUUCUUGAACCAGCGUGCCAACCUAUCACACUUGAAAUGCUGCUUACGCACAGCGCUGGACUGGCGUAUGAUUUCUUGGCUCCCAGCAUAGGAAAGUGGAGCAGCAAGUACAAACCCAAGGAUGGACAGAAGAGAAAGGUUGAAGAUACUUUCAUAUAUCCUCUUUUGCAUCAACCUGGAAAAGGAUGGAUGUACGGUCCUGGCUUAGACUGGGCUGGUCGAAUUGUGGAGCGUGUUACUGGACAUACCUUGGAAGAGCAUAUUCACGAGCGUAUGCUGAAGCCUCUUGGUUUGAAAACCGACGCUCAGUUCUUCCCUGUCACGAGAGAGGACUUACGUGAGCGUCUCGUCGAUCUCAAUCCUGAUGAUCCAAAUGGUAUUGGUUACGCAGUCAUGGGUCAAGGAGCUGAAAUCAACAGCCGUUCAGAUGGAUGUUUCGGCGGGCACGGUCUCGCUAUGCCUGCACCAACCUAUCUCAAAAUCGCCCAAUCCCUACUCGCUAACGACGGCAAGCUCCUCAAGCCCGAAACCUGCGCAGACAUGUUUCAGAACCACCUUGCCCCUGAAGCACUUAUCGGUCAACAAGGCAUGCUAGCUACUCCACUCGGCCAUUUCUUCAGAGUUGGUAUCGGCGAGGAGACAAAGGUUGGCCAUGGGCUUGGAGGCACCAUUACACUUGAGGAUGUUGAGGGGUGGUAUGGUGCUCAUACCAUGUCUUGGGGUGGAGGAUUGACAUUUGCGUGGUUCAUUGAUCGCAAGAAUGAUAUUUGUGGUGUUGGGGCUGUUCUUGCAAAGUUGCCUCUUGACGGAGGCGUUGCUACAGAUCUGAAGGAUGUUUUUAGGAAGGAUAUUUAUCAAAAGUAUGCUGCGUGGAAGGAGAGCGGUCACGUAUGAUAUGAGACAGUCAAGACACCCUCCGAUGAGCUCAUCAUGUACCAACUCAGCCCUAUCCUGGCUAAAAGGAACUUCAUCUAUGCAAUUCUUUGUCCUACUUGAAAAGAACGGAUAAUUAAUAAACGCCGCGGUAUUCCUGUACCACCAGUUUCUAUACCCCC